CGACGCAAGAUAGCAGUGUGCGGAGAAGCCGUUCAGUCGAAAGCGGCGGUGACAGGAUUGAACCGGACGACACUAAUACGUUGAUGAGGGAAUACUUCGUACAGCUGGCGGAAGAAAGGAGGGAGAGGAUGGAGGAACGCAGAAGGAAGGAAGAAGCAGUUCGGUUGGAGAAGGAGAAGAAGAGGCUAGAGAAGUUGAGGGAGGAGACACAGUAUGAGGAAGAUAGAGAUGCUCGUUUGCUAGCCAUGAUUGACUCUAAGAUUCUGAGGGAUCAGGAAGAGCGACGAAGCCGAGGAGUGGUAAUUGACAAACAGGCGAAGAAGGUCAAGGAGUUUGGAGAAACGAUGGAGGAGGAGAAAGAACGACUGUGGAGGACGCUAGCGCUGCAUGAGACCUACGAAGCGGAUGAUGAGCUACUGCGCUUACGUAAGCAGGCAGCGGGACUGCGAAUUCAAGAGAAAGUGGAUAAGCGUAAGCGCGGUAAGGAGGUGGCGCUGGGAAACAGCCCUCCUAUGGUUACUCCGGAGAAACGAUCAAAUACCGUGUUGUCCGAAGGAUCGCGGAGAAGAAUUGAAGAGUUAAGGAGGGCUCCUGCUGAGGACCCGCAGACGUCUGAUACACCGCGGAAGAUUGAUUUGACGCUGAAGCAUAUUUCUGCUUCAUGCAGACCAGGUGGGAAGGAGAAGUACGAAUCGUACGUUCGUGACUUCUACGACGCAUUGACGAUUGACGAAUUGAAAGAAGUGUGUAAGCGCGAGAGGGUGACCUAUGGAAAUCGAGAGGCCGCGAUCAAACGUUUGGUCAUACGGAGGGUGACUACUGCAUAUGAUGCCACCUACAUACCUCUGCCGGCUACACCAAGGAUGACCACUCAGAGUACGAAGACCGCAUCGGACAGUGCCAGGGUCGAGGAAUCGAGGAUACUUCUGAGGACUUGAGUGAGAGUGAUGAUGAUGCGGAGUGAUGUUGUCUUAAUGGAACAAGAUUGCGUGAAUUAGCGCGGCUAAUAUGUACACGGAGACAACUAGACAGUGGUAAGAGUAAAAUUGAUGAUCAGCU